CUGAUAUAUCGCGUUAUCAGUUUUACCAAACGAUACUUGUGAUUAAACUGUGUGGACAAUUUCAUCCCGUUCAGAAAUAAACAUUAAGAUGCUGUGGCAGAUCUUGUCAAUAGCUGGUCUCGUGGUGUCUGUCUCUAGUCACGGUCGUGUGGCGUUCCCACCCUCGAGGGCUUCUAUGUGGCGUAAUGGGUACCCUACACCACACAACUACGAUGACACUGGCCUAUUUUGUGGAGGCUUCGAUCGUCAAUACUCAAUAAAUGGUGGAAAGUGCGGCAUUUGCGGAGACGCGUUUGACUUAAAAGAACCGAGACCUCAUGAAAUUGGUGGCAAAUAUGGCUUAGGUAUUAUUGUCGCUGAGUACGAAGCCGGUCAAGUGUUCGAAGCAACCGUUGAAAUCACCGCUUACCAUCGUGGCUACUGGUACUUCAAGAUUUGCCCUGACCCGAACACAAACGAACAGUCCUGUUUCGAUCAAUACCUGCUUGAACUAGAAGAUGGAGGAACAAAAUACUACCCUCCCAGUGUAGGCAAAUUUGCAGUGAACUACCGACUACCUAAAGACUUAGUUUGCGACCAUUGUGUCCUCCAGUGGAGAUAUGUAGCUGGUAACAAUUGGGGCGUCUGCCCAAAUGGUACUUCGGGACUAGGUUGUGGAAACCAGGAAACGUUUGGCGCUUGUUCUGAUAUUAAAAUCACAACACCUAUAGUUGUGGGCGAGGUGGGCCCGAUACCUGUGGAAUUGGACGAUCAAUCUUAAAUAAACUGCUGCAAAGACAUCUUUACAAUAUCAGUAUAUUCGUUAAGUCAUGGAACUUUUAGGAA